UCGUCAGCUCACACACACUGCACGACCAUAUACUACUGCAACCUGCACCAGCCUGAAAUUCGAAGAAGCUCCGAUCCAUUGCGUCGACCUCGAUCGAUCGAGUAGGUUGGCAGAGGUUGUGCGCACGCAAUGGAACACCAGACCAGCUGAAAUUAGAAGAAGCUCAUCGUCGUCCUCGCUCGCACGAAGGGGCCGCCGGCGGGAUGUUGGAGCUGGAGGUCGCCUUCGGCGUCGUCAGCGUCAUGGUCAUCGUCACCGUGGCCUUCCUGCUUCAGACGUGCGCCCGCAGAGCCGCGCCCGCGACGAUGGCGGCGGCGCGCGCUACCUGGGCCGACGCGGGGGAGGAGGACACCGCCGUGGCUGUGGCCGUGGCCGUGGACGUGGACGUCGAGGCGGGGCUCGACGAGGCCGCGCUGAAGGCGCUGCCCAAGGUGGUGUACGGCGACAACGGCGAGGAGGAGGAGGAGGCGAGGAAGACUCCGACGACGACCACCACCACGAUCGCCACGGAGACGACGACGUGCUGCGCGGUGUGCCUGGGCGAGUACGCCGCCGGGGACGUGCUCCGCGUGCUGCCCGAGUGCGCGCACGCCUUCCACCAGAUGUGCGUCGACCGGUGGCUGCGGCUGCGCCCGACGUGCCCCGUCUGCCGCUCGCCGCCGGUGCCCAGGCCCAGCCCUGCCGCGACGACGACGGCGACGCCGCUCGCUGCACCCACCCAGCUCUGAAUCUGAUCGAGCUAGCCCCUGAUUACCUACUCAAUUACUCAUGCAUGCAUCCUCUCUUUAGUAAAGGCAAAAAUGGAAGAGCGAUGCAGAUUGAGAAGCAGGCAAGACAGAUCGAGGAAAUCCUCCAGCACACACAGCUGCACGUACAACAGCUACUCCUACAUACGUGUGUGUGCACACUGCCACGAAAAUUCAGUUGAAACAUCACGUCAUCAGUCAUAUAAAGGAAGCACAAGUUUGGAUUAGACUCAUCCUCACUCAAGUGCUGCUGAAUGGGGUCGAUGGAUGGAUGGAUAUGAAAGGUACACAAUGCAAUGCAACCAAGUGCCUGCAACCACCCAUAUUAUAUAUAUUCUCUAAUCUUCCUA